UCUCUCUCUCUCUCUGUCUCUCUGUCUCUCUGUCUCUCUCUCUCUCUCUGUCUCUCUCUCUCUCUCUCUCUCCCUCUCAGAUUAAAGGCCUUCGAGGAGAGCGGGGCGUACAAGGCAGUGUGGCGGUGGAGGUCAGGAUGGCGUUGUGUCCAAUCAGCCGCCGUCCUCUCGAGUGCUUGAUGAGAGGGAGCAGAUGAUCAUGAGCGGAGGUCACAUACGGAGGGUGACUGACGACGCCCGUGAGGACGAGAUGGAGGAGAACCUGGCUCACGUCGGCAGCAUCGUGGGAAACCUGAAGAGCAUGGCGCUGGACAUGGGCAACGAGAUCGACGCGCAGAACGUCCAGAUCGAACGCAUCCAGGGAAAGGCUGAUCUCAACGUGUCUCGCAUCGACGCCGCCAACCAGAAAGCCAACAACCUCAUGAAACGAUAGAAGGAACGCGCUUCCAUUCCACUCUUCUGAUAAUCAGCUGGAGUUCAGUGUGCCGUCUCGUUCU